GACAAAAAAUACAUAAUUAAUGCUCAUAAGAAAGGCAAUUUGGCACGUUUCGCAAACCACUCUUGUGCAGCUAACUGUUAUACCCAAGUUUCGGAGAUCGAUGAAACAAAUGUGCCUCAUCUAAUAAUUGUUGCUGCGAGGGAUAUUUAGAAAUAACACUCAAUUAUGGACAUUAUUGGUGGAAUGUAAAAAUGAUUAAUUCAAAUUUAAUUUGCUCUUGUGAAUCCAGUAAAUGUCAAUAUUCUAGCUUUCCUACUCAAAAUGGAUAUGUAAAUGGUGAAAAUCAUCUAACUACAGAAAAUGGCGAGUGUUCAAGUGGGAUAAGAGCCUCGCAAUGUGCUAGAAAGUUUGCAGGCCCAAACACUCAAUGUGCUAGGAAGAUCGCUGUCCCCUUCUCAAUACGAAAAAAUUGCGCUAGGAAAGAUGCGGCGGCUCCAUUCUCAAUACCGAGAAAUUGUGCCAGGAAAGUGUGUUAUGAGGAAUCUGAUGAAAUUACAAUAUUAUCGGAUAGUGAGGAAGAAGAAGACGUUGAAAAGGAAGACGUUGUUGAAAAAGACGUUGUUGAAAAGGAGGAAGUAACUGAAAAGGAAAUUGUUGAGGAGGAAGAAGUUGUAGCUAAUAGCGAGAAUAACGGUAUAGAUUUUGAUGACGACGAUAUAAUUUGUAUAGAAAAUUGA